GCUGUCUGCCACCAGCUUGACGCUGAGGUUUUUUUUUCUUGUAUUGUCUGCUAGCCGCUCCGUCUCAAAGCAAGGUGACCCACCCAGCUACCUGUUACCUGCAGAGAGCGGCACGUGUUGGGGUUGGGUCGCUCCGCCAUGUAGCAUAACAAACAUGGCGGGUGGUUUAUGUUCAGAAGGCACUCCCUCCGCUGCAGAAAACAAACACAGCUAGCUUACGCUGAUGGGCAGCUUCCUCCUUUGGGAAGCCUCCACAUAGCAGCUGUCUCCAGGCAAACCUGAAGAACCCACAGGCAGCAGACUCCAGAGAGACUUCUAAUUCCCCGGGCUCGUCAGAAGAUGGACUAACCAGUCACAGCCAUUUAUCAGCUGCUUCCCUCCUCUCUCAUUGACUGCUGGGCCCCUGAGGCCCCCCCACCCCCAGUCAGCAGGUGAGAUGCAGGGCAACGGCCACGCAGGCAGGCAGUCCUUAUGGCACCUCCUGUCGCCGUUCCGCAGCCGGCAGGAGCGGGUGGUCCUGACGCGGAGCGAGAGCUUGCCGGGGGAGCAGGUGCUGAAGAUAACGGUGACAGAAACCACGCUGAUUGAGACCGAGUCCGGCGUGUGGAACUGGCGCUCCCUGUCCUACCUGGCUCUCUGGUACUUCUUCAGCUUCUGCACCCUCUUUCUCAACAAGUACAUCCUGUCGCUGCUGGAGGGGGAGCCGAGCAUGCUGGGUGCCGUUCAGAUGCUGUCCACCACCAUCAUAGGCUGCCUGAAGAUGUUCGUCCCCUGCUGCCUCUACCAGCACAAGUCCAGAUCUGAAUAUCCGCCCAACUUCAUCAUGAUCAUGCUGUUUGUUGGACUGAUGAGGUUCACCACGGUGGUUCUGGGAUUAGUGAGUCUGAAGAACGUGGCGGUGUCGUUCGCCGAGACGGUGAAGAGCUCGGCGCCCAUCUUUACUGUGAUCAUGUCCAGGCUGAUCCUUGGAGAGUACACAGGCCUCUGGGUAAACCUGUCCCUGUUUCCUGUCAUGGCGGGCCUGGCCCUCUGCACCGCUUCAGAGAUCAGCUUCAACAUGCUCGGCUUCUCCGCCGCGCUCUCCACCAACAUCAUGGACUGCCUGCAGAAUGUCUUCUCCAAGAAGCUGCUGAGUGGAGACACGUACAGAUUCAGCCCCCCAGAACUGCAGUUUUAUACCAGUGCAGCAGCUGUCAUUAUGCUGAUCCCUGCCUGGGCGUUCCUGCUGGACAUCCCAGCAGCAGGAAAGGACGGGCCGAGGUUCUUGCUCAGUCAGGACGUUAUCCUGUUGCUGCUUUUUGACGGCGGUCUGUUCCACCUGCAGAGCGUCACCGCCUACGCCCUGAUGGGCAGGAUUUCCCCCGUCACCUUCAGUGUUGCCAGCACCGUUAAGCACGCCCUGUCGGUGUGGCUGAGCGUCAUCGUGUUCAGCAACCAGAUCACCCUCCUCAGCGCCGUCGGCACCGUCGUCGUCUUCAUCGGGGUCUGCCUGUACAACAAAGCGCGACAGAUCCAGAGGCAAACCCUGCAGGCCAUGGCUGCCGAGCAGAGCAGCAGACCGCUCCUGCAGGACCAGAACUUUCAUCCCUCGCAGGCUAAGUGAGGACCGAACGCUGCACAUUCCAGAUAAAGACAGUCUUCAUGCAGAUGAAGUUUGUUUGGCAAAGCUGUCUGCAUUCCUGUGGAACUAGAAAAAAAAAACAGUAUUUCGUUACCAUGUGUCGCAACCUCAUGACCACUUUAUGAGUCCUUCUUUUUUUUUUUUUUUUUUUUUUGUGUGCGACUUUUGAAGUGGUAAAAAGGAGAAGCUCAGGGAAGUGCUGCUUGGUUCUUCAGCUGUGGUGCAGCAGCGGCACCAUUUAAGCUGUUGCAGGUAAUGAAUGCAUCAUCUAAUGCAAAGUAAAGCUUAUUAGGAGUGUUAAUGUGUGAAAAGUGAAUUUGGUGCCUGGAAUAUUUGUUGUGUUUUGACUUGACACAUUUAAAGGAAAUGUGAAACAUUAGAGAGCCAUGAUCUGCAUUCUAGGAAUGCUUUUUGUCCUUUGUUUGUUUUUUUUCUUUCUUUCCAUAACUCUCACUAAGCCAAAAUGUAAAUGGACUUUCUGACCUCAGUCAUGUUGCCUGUCGUUUCUGUACACAGCUUAUCUCUUAUCAGUCAUGGUUUUUACACUCUUUCAUCAGGCUCUGUGUUUAAAGAUGCAACUUUAACUUAAUUUGUGUUCAGAUUGACAGUAAGAGAAGGCUGGCUUGAGCAUAAAUAUUUUGUUCACAAGAAACCUUCACUUUUCAUUGCUGCUUUUUGUUAUAGUUUGAGCAAUUUCAAAAUUGUACACAGAAACAUUUGUGGGUUAUGAGACAUAUGAUUUUGUUGUGAUCUUCAAACUUAAAUUGUUUUAAAUAAAUAUGGUGAAAAUUGCUAAUUAUUAGCUGUA